AUGUCGAUGCGGCUCCAAAGUUUCCAGCCCAGCUGGUACAGUUUUCUGGCAGUCACCACGCUCCUCGCUUGGCUUCUGGGCGUGGUCUUUGGGAAUUUGAAUUACGUGGCGACCACCGAUCCGUUUUCGCAGUAUGUCAACAUGGACGUCCUCCCCGAGGUGAGCCCUGCGCAAUGGGAUGGUGAAGCGGCCAUGUCAGUGGGUCGCGUGUACUUCGGCAAGGAAGCCACGCUGGAUGUCAGGAGAUCCAUGGCCUUUAAGAAUGUGGACACCUACUGCGUCGCUCCAGUAUCCGUUUUGCAAGGCGGCGUGGUUCUUCCGCUGGAGACCUAUGAUUUCUGGGCCAUUGGCAUGGACUGCUGCUCCGUGAACGCGGCAGACUUCCAUUGUGGUGAAGUCGGGAACUUCAAGGCCCACAGCGGCCUAAGGCUGCUAGACGACCGCCAGCGCAGCUUCUACCGACUUGCGGUGGAGCAGGCCGAAGCAGCUUACAGCAUCAAGGCGCGACAUCCAGUCUUCUUUUACUGGGUGGAAGAUGCCACGGCAGAGAUGGACUCCUUCCGCAAUGAUGGUUACAAGUACUUUCUGAUCGGCAUGCUGAGCCAUUUCCUCUACCAGUUGCUCUGCGUCAUCUUGGCCAUCGCUGCAUUCUCCAAGUGGGGAUGCGAAUGA